AUUAAUUGUAUUAUAUUAGUUAUAAUAGUUAUUAAUGGCUGAAUAUGAGUUCAUCACUGUGCAUUAUUAAUAUGCAUGACUAUUAUGCAGUAAUUCUCCCCCCCCGGCUAAGGGCGACAGUGGUGGGGUCGGGCAGUAUUGAAGGCAGGGCAGCUGGGCGGCGGGUUGUUUUGCUGGGGCAGAUCGCGGGGGCAGUUUUCGGGGUGAGCGGGGCAGAUCCGGAGACUGGAGCGGUCAGAUCAGCGUGUUUACCCCCGUGAGGAGGCGGCCAUGGCUCUGUGCGGGAGUGUGGGGGCCGCGGCGCUGCCCAGCGAGCUGAUCGUGCACAUCUUCUCCUUCCUGCCGGAGCGGGACCGGCUGCGGGCCUCGGCGGUGUGCGCGCGCUGGCGCGAGUGCCUCUUCUACCCCGCGCUGUGGAGCGGCCUGAAGCUGCGCGCGCGCUCCGGGACCCCCGGCGCCACCGGGAGGCUCGAGUUCCUCAUGCGGCGCUUCGGCGGCUUCGCCCGGGAGCUGCAGCUGGAGCUGGACGGCGCGGCCCAGGCCGGACACGGGGAGCCGGAGCUGGAGGAGCACUGGAGGGAGGAGGCGGCCUGCGGGUACCUGGAGCAGGUGCUGUGCGUGCUCGCGCACCUGCGCAACAACAGGAAUCUGCAGAGGUUGAGUUUGUACGGGGACAUGUGCAUUUUUCAGGACGACAGCUUUCUGGACAGCUCUUACCUCAGCCAGAUCGACCAGGGUGGCAAGAAAAUUAAAGAGAUGCAGCAGCUGUUUGAGGAGAUCCUGUCUAACAGCAGGCAGCUGAAGUGGCUCUCCUCGUCCUUCAUGCUGGGUCUGGUGACUCCGUGCUCUUUGGCGACGCUCUCGAACCCCAGCGCUGAAACUCUGGAGCACCUCAGUCUGCUGGACGGUCAGCUGCCCAGCCUGGUGCCCACAGUCGAGCUUCAGCGCCUGGUGCACCUGCGCUCCCUCUCCAUCGACUUCUGCGACUUCUCCUCUGAAAUGUGCAGGCUGUUAUCCGCCAGCGACCGCACGCCCCUACACCGCCUCUCUCUGCUGCUCAACGGCGCCGCCCUGGAGGCCAAACCGCUGGAUGGAACGGCCACAGAAGAUGACCUAAAGGCGCUGGUGCGGCGCAGUGCUAACCUCCGCGUUUACCUGAUGGCUCUGGACGUGUGCAGUCAGGACCUGCUGAGAGUGCUGAAGCCCAGUCUGCCUCUGGAGAGAAUUCACCUUGACAGUUUCAGCACACUGGUGACCGACGGCGUCCUGGAGCUCAUCUCUCAGCAGUACCACAAAACACUCUCACACUUUGUGCUGGUGAGGGACGACGGCGGGUUUCCUGACCUCAGCAUGAACCGGAAUGAAGAUCCGCUGGUGCUGAUGGCCUGGCGGUGUGUGCACCUCACCGUCCUGAUCAUCCACGGUUACACAGUGUGGUCCCACAACCUGGUGGCCAUCUCUCGUCUGCGUGGCUCCAACCUGAAGGUUCUGACCGUGACGGAGGAGAGCAUCGACUUCGACCCGGAUCAGUCCGUGUUCAUCGAGGGCGACCCGGUGCACAACCUGGUGAAGGAGGUCUCCCUCGGGCUGGGGCGGGUGUGGCACCCCUCCAUGGACAGCAGUGUGAUCCUGAGCGACCCCACCCAACACUUCCACCGCGAGAUGCUGAGCUUCAGCGAGGGAGUUUAAACCCAGCAGGGCCUUUAGUUUAUUUCUUUACUGUCCUCCGCACCUUAUCCACCCUGUGCUGGAUUAUCUCACAUUAACAGGCCCUGUCUCAUUUUAUAUACUCCUCCUCCUUUAUUUCUUUUUCUGUUUUCAGCUUUUUUUUGUUGUUUUUUUGUUUCUGUUUUCCUUUCCUUCCUUGUAGUGUGAAUUUAAUCCUUUUGUAAGUGCUGUGUUUAACCAGUAUUAGCUCUAUAUUUAUAUCUAUCUAUAUAUCCUGCUUAUCAAUAGGAAAGUAUAGCUGGGUAUUGGUUUAGUAGCUAAUUGAUGAGUGGAUGGUGGAGAGGGGCUUCUCUUUUCUUUUUUUGUUUGUUUAUUUUCUUUUUUUUAACAGCGUGAGCUUAAAAAGGUUGUACAGAGUAUUUUGCUUCAUCUGCUCCUACGUUGGUUUCCUCUUACCGAGUGUGGAGUUACCUCAAAAACUGAAAUCAGUUUCAGAUCCAUCUUGGCUCUCGUGAUGACGACAAAAUCCUGCUUGUUUCCGUUGACCUACAGGGAGACUAGUCUUCCGGCCCGAGAGAGAAUGGGUGGAACUGAUGGACGUUUAGCUACACCCUGCAGCCUUCCUCUUCGUUCCUCCCUUCCUAGUCGUUAUUUGAAGAUGGUGACGUUGACGUUGUCGAUGUAAUUGUUGAUCUCGAUGUUCGUUUAAUGAUGACCGUGUCGCUUGGGGCGAAGCUCCCACUCUUUAUUGCUUUGUUUAAAUUUUGUUUUUUUCCUUUUGACUUUGACGUGGACAAACUUCCGCUGGCAAACAGAAGAUGAGCCAAGGUUUUUAGAACGGCACUCGAAACCUGUGCGCUGAACAUCCAGCUAGUGGAGGGUUUUUAUCUAUUUAACGUUCACUCGGGUCUGUCUCAGGUAGGCACCAACACCACGAUAAAAAUGACGAGGAUCAUGAUGAUGAUUAUGAUUAGGAGAAAGAGGAGGACUUGGGGGAAAGAGAAUGGAUGAGUGGAUGAGUGAGAACAAUCAGCUAGCUAUUCUAUUCUCUCAACUUGAAAGAACUUGCGGUGCCAAAUCAAGGUCCAGAAAGGCAAGAUAUCGGACCCUGGGUUUUGUUUCCGACGGUCUGGGCGGGUUUUUUGCAGCUCGUAUGCACCAGGAUUUUGUUCCAACAGCCUGAGCUGCCCUGAGAUCUUGUGCCGAUUGCCUUGUCAGCUCUGUUUGCUCAGAUUUUAACUUUUUUGAGCUGGUUCGCCGCCUAUUUUAAGGAACGGUUGGGCUGAAAAGCACAAAACUGUGCAGGUAUUCAGCUGUUUAGGUCCAGAAUUGCCCACCCCUGCUUUCUGAAAUUUCUGAUUUCUGUUUCUCUUGAGUCACAGUUGCCUUGAAAACCCCCUCUCCUGUUUUUUCCCCAUUUGUGCACACACACUUACACUUACACAGCUCUGGAAUAUGGAUUCAUGUACUCGUGGAUUCAUUUUACCUGUUAAUAUGAAGACCAGCAGUCAUUCAGUGGUGCAGUUUCGUCAUCGUCGCUACCGUCGCCACGCUCGUAGUCGCGGUGAACGAAUAUCCUCAGUGUUUCGCUCGGAGUACGCUCGCUCGCAAUCCAGCUCACAGUAUUUAUUUCUUCUGCGGAGUGUUUUUUUUAGGAGGAGGGAGGCUGUUGAUGAUGUUGUUAUUAAUAUAAUAGUUUCUGUUGAAUCCACCCUCCCACCCCCUACAUAUCUCAGGAUUUAUGACCCUUCCGGUACUUUUCCAGCGAAGGCGGUUUUGCCCAGGCUGUUUGUGGGGGACGCUCGGUGGGCAGGAUUUGAGGAGGAGUGUUUUUUGAUUUUUUUGGUUUUAACUUUUCUUUCUCUUUUUUUUCUUUGAUGAAAAUUU